AUGCCUGAAGUAGAUUACUUACCUCCAGUAGAUUACUUACCUCCAGUAGAUUACUUACCUCCAGUAGAUUACUUACCUCCAGUAGAUUACUUACCUCCAGUAGAUUACUUACCUCCAGUAGAUUACUUACCUCCAGUAGAUUACUUACCUCCAGUAGAUUACUUACCUCCACUAGAUUACUUACCUCCACUAGAUUACUUACCUCCACUAGAUUACUUACCUCCACUAGAUUACUUACCUCCACUAGAUUACUUACCUCCACUAGAUUACUUACCUCCACUAGAUUACUUACCUCCACUAGAUUACUUACCUCCACUAGAUUACUUACCUCCACUAGAUUACUUACCUCCACUAGAUUACUUACCUCCACUAGAUUACUUACCUCCACUAGAUUACUUACCUCCACUAGAUUACUUACCUCCACUAGAUUACUUACCUCCACUAGAUUACUUACCUCCACUAGAUUACUUACCUCCACUAGAUUACUUACCUCCACUAGAUUACUUACCUCCACUAGAUUACUUACCUCCACUAGAUUACUUACCUCCACUAGAUUACUUACCUCCACUAGAUUACUUACCUCCACUAGAUUACUUACCUCCACUAGAUUACUUACCUCCACUAGAUUACUUACCUCCACUAGAUUACUUACCUCCACUAGAUUACUUACCUCCACUAGAUUACUUACCUCCACUAGAUUACUUACCUCCACUAGAUUACUUACCUCCACUAGAUUACUUACCUCCACUAGAUUACUUACCUCCACUAGAUUACUUACCUCCACUAGAUUACUUACCUCCACUAGAUUACUUACCUCCACUAGAUUACUUACCUCCACUAGAUUACUUACCUCCACUAGAUUACUUACCUCCACUAGAUUACUUACCUCCACUAGAUUACUUACCUCCACUAGAUUACUUACCUCCACUAGAUUACUUACCUCCACUAGAUUACUUACCUCCACUAGAUUACUUACCUCCACUAGAUUACUUACCUCCACUAGAUUACUUACCUCCACUAGAUUACUUACCUCCACUAGAUUACUUACCUCCACUAGAUUACUUACCUCCACUAGAUUACUUACCUCCACUAGAUUACUUACCUCCACUAGAUUACUUACCUCCACUAGAUUACUUACCUCCACUAGAUUACUUACCUCCACUAGAUUACUUACCUCCACUAGAUUACUUACCUCCACUAGAUUACUUACCUCCACUAGAUUACUUACCUCCACUAGAUUACUUACCUCCACUAGAUUACUUACCUCCACUAGAUUACUUACCUCCACUAGAUUACUUACCUCCACUAGAUUACUUACCUCCACUAGAUUACUUACCUCCACUAGAUUACUUACCUCCACUAGAUUACUUACCUCCACUAGAUUACUUACCUCCACUAGAUUACUUACCUCCACUAGAUUACUUACCUCCACUAGAUUACUUACCUCCACUAGAUUACUUACCUCCACUAGAUUACUUACCUCCACUAGAUUACUUACCUCCACUAGAUUACUUACCUCCACUAGAUUACUUACCUCCACUAGAUUACUUACCUCCACUAGAUUACUUACCUCCACUAGAUUACUUACCUCCACUAGAUUACUUACCUCCACUAGAUUACUUACCUCCACUAGAUUACUUACCUCCACUAGAUUACUUACCUCCACUAGAUUACUUACCUCCACUAGAUUACUUACCUCCACUAGAUUACUUACCUCCACUAGAUUACUUACCUCCACUAGAUUACUUACCUCCACUAGAUUACUUACCUCCACUAGAUUACUUACCUCCACUAGAUUACUUACCUCCACUAGAUUACUUACCUCCACUAGAUUACUUACCUCCACUAGAUUACUUACCUCCACUAGAUUACUUACCUCCACUAGAUUACUUACCUCCACUAGAUUACUUACCUCCACUAGAUUACUUACCUCCACUAGAUUACUUACCUCCACUAGAUUACUUACCUCCACUAGAUUACUUACCUCCACUAGAUUACUUACCUCCACUAGAUUACUUACCUCCACUAGAUUACUUACCUCCACUAGAUUACUUACCUCCACUAGAUUACUUACCUCCACUAGAUUACUUACCUCCACUAGAUUACUUACCUCCACUAGAUUACUUACCUCCACUAGAUUACUUACCUCCACUAGAUUACUUACCUCCACUAGAUUACUUACCUCCACUAGAUUACUUACCUCCACUAGAUUACUUACCUCCACUAGAUUACUUACCUCCACUAGAUUACUUACCUCCACUAGAUUACUUACCUCCACUAGAUUACUUACCUCCACUAGAUUACUUACCUCCAGUGAAGAGGACCAUGUCCGCAGUUGAGAUUGUUUAUCUUCCUGGUCUUCUUCCUCCACUGCAUCAUGUAAUUGUAUUCAGAUAA